AUGCGGCUGUUAGCUAUCCGCACUGCCUAUGCGGCAGUCUUUCUGGCGUGUCUGGCGACGGCGGUUGCACAUGGAGACGACGAGCAUUCGGAUAUGGACAUGGGGAUGAGCAUGGAUAUGAACUCCGAUCCUGUCGCGACGUCGUCGCCAACGACGCCUGCGAAUAGCGAAGGCCCAAUGAGCUACUUUGCGUACGGGAAGCAUUCGGGUGCCAUCAUGGUCCACAUUGCGCUGAUGAUGCUGGGCUGGUGCAUCGUUCUUCCAGCAGCUGUCAUGCUUAGCAUUGGACGUUCACGACUUGCGCUCCCGUCGCAGUUCCUCUUCUUGCUGUUCAAUGCGUUCGGUCUCUUGCUCGGCAUCAUCUACAACAGCCAGACUCCUGAUCUGUACGAGAACAAUGCACACCACAAGAUUGGCUGGAUCGCGACGUGGGUUAUCAGCGCUCAGGUUAUUCUAGCUCUGAUCUUUGCAUAUGCCGGCCGCGGCGAGUCAAACGCGGACAAGACCUCUUACGAGCAUGCUUCUUUCUUGCCUGUCGCAACAGACGAGCAUGAGCACACGUUCUCGACGGGUCCGAUGCACGAGUACCGCUGGUCCAGAGACAGUGGCCAGGGCACUGAGCCGAACUCACCGGACCACAGUCCCGGAUCGCCCUCUUUCGAGUCACCCUCUGAAUGCGAUGGCUUUGAGAAGCCGGAAGAAGACCUUCCGGCGCAGCCGGCCGCGCCGCGCGGGUGGUUGCACAGCACCUUUGUGGACCGUUUCCUGUCGAAUCGCGUUCCGGGAAUGGUUUCCAACCGCGUCCUGCGCAUCUUCAACGGGGUGUACAACGUGAUUGAUCGCAUUAUUCUGCCAUUUGGGUUCAUGGCUAUUGCCUCUGGCGCAGUGACCUAUGGCGGGAUCAUGCGGCAAAGGGAGAUCUUCAAUGGUCUCGCUCACUUCAUCAAGGGUGGCAUCUUCUUCUGGUAUGGUGUCCUGACCUUGGGCCGCUAUGUGGGAUGCUGGGCAGAUCUGGGAUGGGCGUGGAACAUAAAGCCUCCCGCGUCAGUUGUUGGCUGGAAGGCCAAGGUUCCCUCUGGCGAGUUUACCGAGUCCUUUGUGAUUUGGUUGUAUGGUAUCACCAAUGUGUUCCUCGAGCACCUUUCCAACGCUGGUCGUCCCUGGUCUGCGACUGAUCUGGAGCAUGCCUCCAUUUCCGUGAUGUUCUUUGGUGGUGGCUUGGUUGGUAUGCUCUUCGAAUCUUCGCGUAUCCGUGAAGCUCUCAACAACACCAUCCUACGAUCUCCGGCACAUAGCUCUCGCGACGAGAAUUGGCAUGUUCCCAGAUCGCAGGGCGUGUCUCUCAACCCGAUGCCGGCGCUGAUUAUCCUGCUGUUGGGUAUGAUGAUGGGUUCACACCACCAGACCAGCAUGACCUCGACUAUGGUGCACAAGCAGUGGGGCAACAUGCUGGUGGGUUUCGCGCUGGCCCGUGGGAUGACAUACGUCCUGCUGUUCCUGCGCCCUCCCACCUCGUACUUGCCCGCUCGCCCACCGACCGAGAUUGUCGCAGCAUUCUGCCUGAUGUCGGGCGGUCUGAUCUUCAUGCUGAGCACGCGCAAUGUCAUCGAGGCCAUGGAGUACUAUGAUGUGGAUGCGAUGUUCACCUUCACGGUGGGCAUGGGAUUCACCGCGUUCGUCAUGGCGCUGGAGAUCCUCUUCAUCGCCUUGAAGGCCUGGGCUGUGAAACGCGAGCACCGUCCUCAGCUGGGCUACCGCUUCCCGUGA